ACGCACACAGGCGUCGCGUGCCUCCAUUGAUUAGCUCACCUACCCACCACCAAGCAGCGGCAAGUGGUGACUGGUGAGUGCUCCGAUCCAGCGGCGGCGCAGAGCAGAAAGGCCAAGGGCCCCGCGAAGUAAACCACCCGCCACCAACAAAGGACACUUGCAGAGCGGGGAGCACGAGAGAACCAGCUAGCAAGCCAUGGGCACGGUCCGCCCGCUCCUCGCCGUUGCCGCCGCGCUCCUCUGCUGCUGCUACGGCGGUGCGGCGCCGGACACGGUGGCCGACUCGUGCGACGCGAUCCGCGACUUCGUGGACGCCGCCUUCUGCGCGUCGCGGCUGCGGUCGGUGCCGGGCGCCGCGGCGGCGGACCGGCACGGGCACCUGCUCAUGGCCGCGGACCUGGCGGCCGCGAGCGGGGCCUCGGCGCGGGACGCCGCGGCGGCGAUGGCGCGCGACGCCGAGGGGACCGGUGGCGGCGGCGGCGGCGGCGGCCCGGCCGCGCGGGACGCGCUGGAGGCGUGCGCGAUCCUGUACGGCUCUGCGUCGGUGCCGGCGCUGCGGCUCAUGCGCGGAUACGCGGCGGCGCGGAGCUGGGGCGCCGCGCGCGCGCUGCUGCCGCUCACGGGGCAGGCCGGGAUCGGGUGCGACGCCGCGCUCGCGGGAGCGGGCACCGCGGCGGCCGCGGCCAGGAUGGCCGGGGCGAACCGCGAGUUCGACCAGCUGUCCACCAUGGCCACCGCGCUGCUCAACAAGGUGAGCUAGGUACUGCGGUGACGCGGCGGCUGCUUCUUCCGGUGUGCUGGGCAACUGACGUGGCUAGAUUUGGAGGAACGGAUCAAUAAUGUACUCGACCACAAAUCCACUGGCAUUUUCUCUGAAAAAAAGACCACUGGCAUUUUCUCUGUUGUAUUGAGUAGUGUCAGUUUCUCAUUUCUAAGAUUUUGAAGAUUUCAGCUGGC